CCACGCCCAUACGACAGCGUUUGGACUAUUUCAUCUCCCUGCUUCUGAACAACAGAACAAGCAAGCUUCCUUCUAGGGCUCGCAAUCGCAAACCCUAACCCCUCAUCAAUUGCGAUAAUUAUUCUCCCAAAUGGCAAUUGCACGCACCGGAGUCUACGUUGACGACUAUUUAGAGUACGCCAGCACAUUGCCCGCUGAGCUUCAGAGGCUGCUCAACACCGUCCGAGAACUUGAUGAACGAUCCCAAUCUAUGAUAAAUCAGACCAGGCAGCAGACAAAGUACUGUAUGGGAUUCUCAUCACAUGGUUCUAAGAAGGGUAAUCACAAUUAUAAUAACAAUUAUGUGAAUGAGGAUGAUGAUGCUGCUAUGGAGAAAAUGCGAAAAGAAAUUGAGGCAAAUCAGGAUAGUGCAUUGAGUCUAUGUACUGAGAAGGUUUUAUUGGCGCGACAAGCAUAUGACCUGAUUGAUAGCCAUGUAAAACGACUUGAUGAGGAUUUAAACAACUUUGCUGAUGAUUUAAAGCAAGAGGGGAAAAUACCACAAGAUGAACCAGCAAUUCUUCCCCCAAUGCCUAUAGUUCCUAAAGUCGAAAAACGCAGGCCCAUAUAUGUAACUCCUCAAUCAAGAAGACUUGAUUACAGGGAUAGAGAUUGGGAUCGGGAGCGUGAUAGGGACUUUGAGCUAAUGCCUCCACCAGGAAGUCAUAAGAAGGAGUAUGCAACCCCUAUGGAUGUUGAUCAACCCAUUGAUCCAAAUGAACCUACAUACUGUGUUUGUCAUCAGGUAUCUUUUGGAGAUAUGAUUGCUUGUGACAAUGAAAAUUGCCAAGGAGGUGAAUGGUUCCACUAUUCAUGUGUUGGCCUAACACAAGAGACAAGGUUCAAAGGAAAGUGGUAUUGUCCGACUUGCAGAUUACUCCCACAAUGUCAAUGAUCAAUCUAUGGACGAGCUAAACUACUACAUAAAUAGCCGCUAUUGGUACAAUAGGAAUGCUACUUUCUAGUGAAUGCAUAAUUUUGGGGUUGUGUCAUGAUUAAUGGGCUAAGUUUUUGUUGCAUAUCCUCUUUAUACCCUUCCCCCACCCUUCUUAGAAAUUACAUGUGGGGUUCGAAUUAUUCGUCUUCUAUAUUGCUAGGCCAGUUGUAUUUGGCGGAGGCCAAGUCUCAGGCCUUGUAUAAAGUCGUCUUAAAAUUUGCACGAUUCUAGAUUUGAAUUUUGAAGGUUACUUGUAUGUGAAAUGCCGAAGUAUAAGGACGCUAACCGUGCAAGAUAUUAGUUUG